AUGCAACCCAAGUCCCAGAUCGACUUAUUCCAAGGCUGGCCCGCCACAGCCAUGCUCCCAACCCAACGCCUAAAACAAGCAGCCAACGACGUCCUCUCCAACAAGAACAUCUUCAGUGACGGACUAGCUUACGGUCCUGAUGAAGGCUAUUACCCUUUUAGGGAAAAUAUAGCCAAGUGGUUAUCGGAAUCAUAUAAUCUCUUGCAUGCUAUCAAUGCAGAGCGCAUAUGCAUAACCGGCGGCGCGAGUCAAAAUCUAGCUUGUAUGUUGCAAGUCUUCACAGACCCUGCCCAGACACAGAGAAUAUGGCUCGUUGAACCGUGUUAUCAUCUUGUCUUUGGGGUCUUUGAGGAUGCUGGGUUUUCUGGGCGGAUGGUUGGGAUCUCUGAGGAUGAGGGUGGCAUGGAUGUUACUGCCCUUGAGCUUGCUUUGAGCCAGUUUGAGAGUGGUGAAGAUGCGAAUCAGAGUCAUCAGUAUAAAUCUAACUCCCUGGAAAAGGCUGCCAAACCCCCGAAACCAUAUCGGAAGAUAUACAGACAUGUUAUUUACUGCAUCCCGAGCUUCUCAAAUCCAUCUGGGAUGACGAUGCCAUGUGCACGGCGUGAGGCGCUUGUCAGGCUUGCUCGGAGGUAUGAUGCUCUCGUCGUAUGUGAUGAUGUGUAUGAUUUCCUCCAUUGGGGUAUUCUUCAUACCUCCGACGCUGUGGCUAAGCCGCUGUCACGCAUUGUCGAUGUAGACCGAGAGUUGGACGGUGGUCCUCAAGAUCAGUUUGGCAAUGCUGUGAGCAAUGGGUCCUUCAGUAAACUUAUCGGUCCUGGGUGUCGGGUUGGAUGGGCUGAAGGGACGAAGUGCUUUAUUCAUGGUCUUUCUCAAGCUGGCUCUACGCGUUCGGGCGGUGCUCCUUCACAGCUUAUGUCGACUUUUGUCAAUGAUUUACUGGAGGAUGGCUUUUUACCCCGGUAUAUCACGAAUGUGCUCAUUCCGCAGGGUCAAAAGCGUCACCGUCUACUGGCAUCAGCUAUUAAGAAACACCUUGGUCCGUUGGGUGUGUCGUUCACUCCUGAUCCUGAGACUAGUUCAGUGGCGGGUGGGUACUAUAUCUGGGCUCAACUCCCAGUUACUUUGGAUGCCACUCAGGUGUGUCAAUAUGCUCUCGAAGAGCAAAAAUUGGUUCUAGGUAAUGGUGAAGUGUUCGCUGUUCCAGGGCGGGGCUCUUUGGGGGAAGAUUUGCAUCGCAGGUUGAGGCUUUGUUUCAUGUGGGAGGAUGAAGAGCGGUUGGUUAAGGGUAUUGAGAGGCUCGGAGCUGUCAUUGGAGAUUUGAUGAUUGAUUAA